AUGUCUUCCAACGGUAAUGGCGCUCCCCCCGUGGGACAGGAGAACAUCAACACUGAUAUCGUCACCCUCACCCGAUUCCUGACUGAAGAGCAGGCGAAAGUGGCCGAAGCCACUGGUGACUUCACACUGCUAUGCCACGCUCUUCAAUUCGCCUUCAAGUCCAUCGCUUACUACAUUCGUCGUGCAUCGUUGAUCAACCUCACUGGAUUGGCGGGAUCAUCGAACACCACCGGCGAUGACCAGAAGAAGCUUGAUGUUAUCGGAAAUGACAUCUUUAUCUCUGCCAUGAAGGGCUCGGGAAAGUGUCGCAUUCUUAUCUCUGAGGAAGAGGAAGAGGUGAUUGUGUUCGACGAGCAUCCCAAUGCCCGAUAUGCUGUUGUCUGUGACCCUAUUGACGGCUCCUCCAACCUGGAUGCUGGCGUUUCGGUUGGAACCAUCUUCGGUAUCUUCAAGCUCCCUGAUUCAAUCCUAGGCCCUGGCAAAACCGUUACCGCCAAGGAUGUUCUCAGACCUGGAACAGAGAUGGUGGCCUCGGGGUUCACCAUGUACGGCGCCUCCGCCCAGCUGGUCAUCACUAUGCGCAAUGGCAGUGUGAACGGUUUCACUAUGGAGAACUCUCUUGGUGAAUUCAUCCUGACCCACCCGAACAUGCAACUCCCCGCGAAGCGUGCCAUCUACUCUGUGAACGAGGGUAACAGCAUGUACUGGGAGGAAUGGACCAGCGAGGUCUUCCACUCCUUGAAAUUCCCAGGAGAGGGUAAGAAGCCUUACAGCUCGCGAUACAUCGGUAGCAUGGUGGCCGAUGCCUACCGAACCCUUCUCUACGGGGGACUCUUCGCCUACCCUGCCGACUCGAAGAGCCCCAAGGGUAAGCUGCGGAUUCUCUACGAGUGCGCCCCCAUGGCCAUGAUUUUCGAGAAUGCCGGCGGUCUGGCCGUCAACUCGAGGGUGGAGCGUCUUCUGGAAGUCGUGCCCGAGUACAUCCACGACCGAAGUGGAGUGUUCCUCGGCUCGAAGGAUGAGGUGCAGAGGGUCAUUGACACCUACAACAAGCACAAGAAAUAG